ACUCUGGUGCUUAAUCUCUAGCAAUUUUUUGCUCUUCGAAGCGUUUGUUUGCUAAAAAUCACGCAGAGAGGGCAAGGUCAGCAAGUCUGGUAUAAAAAGUGCCGGCCGCAAACUAGUUUUGCACUUGUUGUGAAUCGAAGGCAAGAAAGAUGGGCCGCCGUUUUGUGCUGCUGUUCGGCAUCUUCGCGUUUCUCCACUUUUCGGCGGCGGCCGCCGUGCCCGACUCCGACACGGACCACGCUGAGAACCCGGAAUGCAAGGAUACGGAAAAGAUUGCGGAAAUCGGCGUCGGCGUCAAAGAGUUUAACGACAAUGGCAAAAAGGCGUUUGAGGCAGUUCAUGGCCAGCUGACUUUGGUGCAAAGUCUUCUCUACCUCGUCGUGGACAAGCAGGAAACGCUGGAGAAGCGAGUUGAGUGCUCUCCGGUGGGAGCGAAUGUGUCAAACGAGUUGCAGCUGCUGCGUCAGGUGUCGAUUUUGACGAGGGAAAAAACCGAUCUGGCCGAACGGGCACAGGAAUCGAACAAGUGUUGUUCAGAGCAGGUUCCGCAAAAGGACGAAGAGAUCAAACAGUUGAAAGAGAAGGUUGAGAAAAUCGCUCAGGACAAAACAGAAUCUGCGCAAAAGGACGAAGAGAUCAAGGAGUUGAAAGAAAAGGUGGCGAAAAUCACUCGGGAGAAAACCGAAUCGGCGCAAAAGGACGUAGAGAUCAAGCAGUUGAAAGAGAAGGUUGCGAGAGUCUCUCAGGAGAAAACUGAAUCGGAAGAACAACACGGAAAGGAAUUGGAAAAGGUGAAGUUGGCGCUGGAAAAGUGGGAAAACGCGACUUCGGACGAAUUGAAAAAUCUGGCUGAAGAGAAACACCGCGCUGAGAUCGAGGCCAAGUGCAAACGGAGCCGAUCGACACCGCUAGUCGAGCUCAACGGCAAGAAGUACUACUUCCAGUUGCUCAAAACUGACCCCUUUUUGGGAGAUUGGCAAAACAAAAAGGACAAGUGCGAGAGGAAGGGUCUAGAGCUGGUCACCAUCAAGGAUGAAGACGAGUUGAAGGUCGUCGCUGAGCACGCCCUCACCCUCGAAGACUACUUUUGGUGGGUUUCGGCGAAAAACUACGGCGAUGAAAACAACUACGACUUCCGCUGGCUCGACGGAACCAAGCUUGAGAAAAACAGUCCGCUCUGGGGUCCGAACCCCGAAAAAAAGCAUUGCGUCUACUUGUCGAAGAAGAGUCUGUUUUCCGAUUCUUGUGAUCGCAACCAACGCUACAUUUGCCAACUGCCCAAAGAAUGCUACUGAUUAACUUGAUGCAACAAUCAACUUCACUGCGUUUUUAAAUAUAUUAUGAAUUUUUCUUAACUUUUUUCAUCAGCUUUAGUUGCAAAUUGUGUUUGUUGAUCUAUCACAAUAAAACUUUUUAGAUUGAUUAAAUGCGAA